AUCGUUCGACAGUCAUCAGUGCUACGCGACCGUCGCCGCCGCGUGGUACAGUCCGUAGCAAUAAUUCACAACAUCGUUAAUUUAACAAGCACGUCAGUUAAAUCACAGUGACGUUGUGAACCAAUAUGAACAUAGUGAUAUUAGUGGAAAGUUGCCAUUGAUUAUACACAGGUGAAUAAAUCUAUGAUACGAAACGGCACGGACUUAUCUAACGGUCUUGUACAGUGAGAUAUCGAAGACAAUGAUUUACAUAAAUAAAAAUGAUAAAUGCAAAGUGCAUAAACCAAAAUAAACAUAGAUACAAGAUAAUGCUAUGUUGCAAUAAAAGUUGUAUAAAAUUUGCUACAAUGAAAGGAUGAUAAUAUUUAAGUAUCGAAGUGCAGUGGGUUAUAUAACAAUGGAUUCUAAUAUACAGUAAGUGAAAGUGCAGUCGUUGAAUCGGGAAGAUGGAGGGUGCAAUUCUAAGCACCCAGAGCAAUAAUAGAUUCCGUAGUCACCUGAAGAACGCAGUAACCACACUAUGCGCUCGCACGCUGCCCAAGUCGAGGUGUAGCGACUCGAGCGCGGGCACGGCUAAACAUCACACAUACCCCCGGGCCACUCCGCCGAAGAGGACCCCCAUUGCAUGUCGGAUGGAGCCGCUCAUAUGCGAUUUGCCGCAGACGUCCUCAUUUAUAUCACACGAACCUAUCAAGUGUGAAACAGAUCACAUGCCGAAUAAGCCCAAUGGCGUCGUUAAGCUGCGGGGAGCUUUGGCCAGGGAGGUGGCGAACGCCUGGGAGUGCCGCAUCGGCCCGCCCGACCAGCCGGCACCCGCCCACCGAGUGCAGAGCCUCUUCAACGACAUCGAACUAUAUCCAACUAAGACACAGGUUUUUGAAAUGUUGGUGUGCGCCCGUCAGUGCGCCCGACGGAAAUCUUUGAUCCUAACAUUUGGGGAGUUUUGCGUCUUCGCUGCUGAACUGCGCCGAUGUUCCAGACAGACUAGAUCGACAUCGAAUAAGCCGGAGUCACCCGUGUGGAGCGUGGACAAAGAGUUGAGGGACAAGGAAGCGAUUUGCAAACAUGUUAACGGUAGCGAGGCGUCGCCGGCGCCAUGCGAAGUGUUUCUGGGCGGAUCGUGUAACCCCACUACGUGGAGAUCGGACAUCGCAAUACCGAUGCUUAAGAAGAUGGGAAUUACAUAUUUUAACCCUCAAGUCGACGACUGGUCGACGGAGCUGAUAGAGGUGGAGCACCGCGCAAAGGCGGAGGCGCGUGCGCUGCUGUUCGUGCUGGACAGCGAGACGCGAGCUGUGGCUGCCUGCGUGGAGGCCGCGCACUUGGCUGCCGCGCCGCGCGACCUGCUGCUCGUGCUGCGCCCCUACUCGCGACACCAGACCAUCGGCCGAGAGACUAUUUCGGACCAGGAGUACAUCGAGCUGUCUCGAGCGCGCGCGACGCUGCAGGAGGCGGUGGAGCGGCGCGGGCUGCCCGCGUUCACGGACAUCCCGGCGGCGCUGCGGUGCGCGCGCGCGGUGCUGCGCGGGGCUCGCACGCACCCGCGCCACUCGCUCGGCCACACGAUCCUGCGGCUGAAGCGCGCGUACGACGCGGCGGGCGGCCGCAGCGCGCGCCUGUCCCGCGCGCGCGCACUCGACGCGCUGCGCGACGCCACGCGCGCCCACCGCGACCUCGCCGACCGCUGCCUGCCGCCCCACGCGGACCUUAUCGACUUCGAGACCUUCUGCGCGGCCGUCGCCGAACUGGCAGCGGAUGCAGGGUCGCACCGCAGCGCGGGCGCGAGUGUGGCGGCGCGCGUGCGGCGCGCGUUCCGUUACCUUCGCGACUUUAUCACGUCGCCGUCCACCGCCGAGUAUCAAAAGUCGAACGGUCAAGAGAACGAAGGGAGCGGUGAAACGCCGGCGAGUGCGCAGGAACGCGUGUCGCCGCUCGCACAGCGCCGGGAUUCGAACGGGCUGCACGCACGGAAUCCAAGAUUGCGGGCGUAUGGACAGAAACUAUCAUUGUUUAUUCCUAAGAAUGGCGGCAGCGGUGCGGGCGGUGCGGGCGGUGGGGGCGGUGCGGGCGGUGCGGGCGUUUGGGCGGAGGCGUCGGGCGAGGGCAGCGGCGACAGCGUGUUCACGCCGGGCACGGAGCGGCGGCUCGCGCGCCUGCCCGCCAUGCUGGGCGCGCCCACGCACGACGUCUACCUCGCCGGCGCCUUCCCCGUCACUUCGAGCAGCAGCCGACCGGAGGAGAUCCUGCGGCGCGAGGGCUUCACGUACGUGAUACCGCGCGCGAACGACUACACGCGCAUGUUCUCAGCGCCCACGCGCAGGGCUGCGCCCGCACACCCCGAGUCACCGUGCCGCGACAAGAAGCCGCGAAAUGAUACAUCCCCCGCUUCGCUUUCGCCCGCUUCGCCAGCUUCGCCGCAAGAUCAAGAUGAUGUGGUGCUGAGGGAGAAGGAGGGAGAUAGGAGCGGGGAUAGGAGCGGGGAUAGGUUGAGCGCGUCUGACUUUUAUACGGUGUCGGAGGAUGUCACGCCGCAGCCGUUUAAAGGCACGUACGACGAGGACCUGGUGCUGGGCGCGCGCGUGCUGGUGUUCUCGCUGAGCGCGGCGGCGCCGAACUUCGCCACCAUGGUGCUCGCCGCGCACUACAUGGGCCUGCGCCCCGCCCACACGCUGCUCGUCGUGCAGCCCAUGCAGCCGCCGCCCACCGCGCUGCACAACUACAGCGAAGCGGCAGUUAAAGACUACAACCGCGGGCGGCACUACCUCACGGACCUCGCUCGGCGCGCCGCUGUGCCCGUGUUCGACAACGUGGACGACGCGAUGGCCUGCGUUGUGGCGCGCUUGCGGGCUAGCGUCUAACCGCUAACGCAUGUGUGCAUAGCAUCGCCUUAACUGCUGUGUUUAAGGGGAAGUUACACUGAAGUGUUGUGUGCAGCGUCCAGCGUACCAAUAAACAUACAGUCACCGCCUUAACUCCUGUAUUUAAGGGGAAGUUACACCAGGACGUAAAGUGGCAGCCUCUAGCGCUGUAUAAGAAGACCUUUUACUGUGAUCGCCUUAUCCGUUGUAUUUAAGGAGAAGUCAUACUGAAAAGUAUCGCCGCGCUUGACGUAUCGCCUUAACCACUGUAAUUAUUAAAGGGGUAGUUACACCGGGCGCUAUGUGCAGACGCUUACCGUACCUAUGUAUGGAUGUUACACUGAUCGCCGCUAUAAUUGAAAUGGAAAAGUUAUUACAAUGUAUCGCGGUUGCGGACCAACGUCUGACAAACGUACUAAAUAUAUAUCGAAAUGAAAUAUGUAACGUUCAACACUACAUAGUAAGCAGUUCGGCAAACUUAUUGCAAUGCUCAGCUUAUUUUUUCUUGUUCAGGUUUUUUUGAGAACCGUGGAAUAUGUCGACGCCAUGCAGCACUUCUGCCAUUAAUUUAAAGCCGACUUUACCAAUAAACCAUUAAUUGUGUUUUAAAAGUUCAUUACAUAAUAUUAUCUUAUCCCAGAAAAUACAGCUCACCCAAUUUAUUGUUAUAUUAUAUACCAAGACUUUAUUAUCAUCAAUAAAAUAAAACAAAAAAAUACUAAUGGUUAAUUUGUUGGUAAAAUUAGGUAUGAAUAAUGCGUUUUUAUGAUAAUCAAAUACAAUUAAUUAAUAUAUGAAUAUCUAUUUAAACAUGAUCUUUAAUUGUUACGGAAUAUUUGUAAAAAAAAACUAUUAUAAUUCCAGUACCUAAAAAUCAGGUUAUAACGUAUUUACUAAAAUAUGAAACUAAAUUAUUGUUAUUCAUGCUUGAUACUUGCAUAAGCACCAAAAUGCCACUACAAUAUCCCAUUCAUGCUAUUAUAUAAAUGAAUGUGAUAAUUCGUAUAAAAGACAUUUUACGAAUAACAUUGUCUAAUUGCCAUGUUACAUUAUCACAAUUGCCACUCUUUAUGGCAUUAUGUUAAAAUAUAUGAA